GGCCUGGGGAAGCUGCUGGGAACUUGUGCCCUAGGGAGUGAGCUUAACUAAGAAAAAUCGGCCCAAACCUCUGCACAAAAGGAUCUUUUCAUUCCAGUGCGUUUCGCCCACGCAGGGGACCAUGCCUCUGGAGGUGGUGGUGGAACUUCAGAUCCGGGUGAUUUCUUGCCCUGGGGUGUACCUUCCCGACAAGCAAGAUGUGUACCUUGGCGUGUACCUCCUGAAUCAGUACCUGGAGACAGACUGCUUUCCUUCUGUGUUCCCAAUCACGAUUCAGCAGAGCAUGAGGUUUGAAAAGGUAUUUGAAAAUGCAAUAGAUCCUGGGGCUGUAGCAGAAAUUUUAGAAAGCUUCCUGACCAGAUUUGAAUUAAUACAGCUAGUGCCUCCAGUAUGGGAGGAGUUGGCCUGCUAUGAAGAAAACACACGAGAUUUUCUCUUCCCUGAGCCCAAGCUGACACCUUCGCUCCCUGGGAUGUGCAGGGAGGUGCUCAUGAAGACAUUUGCAGGUUUUCCAGGCAUUGCUCCCAAAAUAGAGUUUUCCACAAGGACAGCCAUCAGAGAAUGCGUGUUCCUGCCUAGAAACAGAUUUCUUGAAGACAGAGAUAAGUCAAGACAGCCUUUAUCUACAUCAGAGGGACCGAUCUUCCCAUUAAAAAGUAUGAGGAUGAAGCCAAAGGACAGUAACCUCACCCGAGGGCCCCAGGGCGCGCACUCUGGGGCCCCCUCGCCCCGCCCCCUCAGGCGCCUCCUUCAGGACCAGCCAGCUCCGCAGAGCCUUGGAAAUAAUUUCAGAAUCUCCAGGGAAAGCAAACCUCCAUUUGUAGUUAGACAUGUGGACAGCACAAAGCCUUUCGGUGAGAAUACUUCAGAGCUUCUGUCCUGGAAGUCUAGGAGAAGACCCAAGUUUUCAAACUUCCCUUUUCCAGGGAGAAGAGCUUCUUCUCUUGACAGCCUUGCCACUAACGUGAAGGUUAUCAAAGAGCCAGAUGAGCGGAUUAUUUUAAGGAAAGAAUCACCAUCAGCUUUAGAUUCGAGGAAGUUCGGAAAAGCGUCGCCCAGUUACAGUUACCAAGGGGAUGCCAAUUUCCGCCCGGAAGCUUCCUCUGCCACCUGCCAGCAUUCCAGGUCUUCCAGCCCUCUUCUGGAUCGACCUCUUCUUCGAGAAAGAUCCCACCUUUCUUCUCAGUCCACGUGGAGGAAGAUCCACGAGAGGGUGUGCAGCCUCCUGACGUCCCACCGGGCCCAGCAACACCCGAACAAGCACCACGUGCGGUGUGUGACCUUCCCAGCUUCACAGGGGAAACCGGAGGAGCGUCACGAAGAACUCACUUAUCGAGCCAACGGACACGUCCUUCGAAAGAACUGAAUGACAAAUGUUUGUUCUCACCCCCUCAAAUCAACCCCUGUACUGAGUCCUCUGUACCUCGGUAAGAGUCGUUGAUUAAAGUGUUCCUUGUGUGGGGCUCCUA